UUCUCCCAGAACUUCAUUAAGAUUUAUCCGGUGAUUUCCUCCAUUAAUCUCGCUUUCAAUUCAACGAGGCUGGAGUAUUGAAAGUUCUGUUCUCUCAAGUUAGAAAAAAUACAUCCUCUCGCAUUCAUUCAUCUUGAAAAAUUCCAAGGGUGGAGAUAAAGGGAGAGAAAAAAAUUGAAUAUUCUCCGCCAUUAAAGUGUAUACCCAAUGCCGGAGAAAGGCUUGAGUUCGGCUCCCUCGCCGAAGUACUGGGCGUUUUUUAGGUCAAAUCCUUUGCAUCAAUGGCGGUUCGGUGUUCUUACUGCUCUUGUUUUUGUAAGUAUGUUGGUUGUUUGGAGCAUUGAUGGAUGUACCAUGAAGAGCUUGCUCGAAGCUUGGAGGUUCAGACAUGGUUUUACCUCCAUGAAAGUUAACAUCUCCUCUGAUAUCUCCGAAACCCACUUCAAAAUUUCGCGGGAAAUACCAGCGAUCUUCCUGUCGCCUCAACGGUUUGGUUUUGAUAAGGAAUUACGUCGCAUUCGUAUCAAAUUUUACAAAACUGAAGCUAAAUUACCAGAAAUUACAGUUUGUAAACAAUCUGAUUUCACUAGAGAUAUUUGGUCCGGGAGAUGGACCCGUCAUGGAAAGAAUGAUGAUUGUCAGAUUAGCAAUGAUGGAAGAUACCGGUGCCUGCCGCCGGAUUUUCCAUGUCAUAGUCCAUGGUGUAAUGGUUCAUUAGGAUUGUUGGAGAGUAAUGGCUGGGUGUACUCUACUCAUUGUUCAUUUAAGAUGUUUUCAACUGAUUCAGCUUGGGAUUGUUUGAAGAACAGGUGGAUUUUCUUUUGGGGCGAUUCAAAUCAUGUUGAUACCAUUAGGAACAUGCUGAAUUUUGUUUUGGAUUUGCCUGAAAUACCAUCUGUUCCUCGAAGAUUUGACAUGAACUUUACAAACCACAAAGACCUUUCUCAGUCAGUUCGAAUAACUAGCAUUUUCAAUGGUCAUUGGAAUGAGACACAGAAUUACCUAGGUUUGGAUUCCUUGAGACACGAAGGAUUUCGAAAUUUGUUGAAGAAAUACUUCUCCGAAGGGACUGUUCCGGAUACAGUGAUCAUCAACUCCGGCUUGCAUGAUGGUGUUCAUUGGCCUAAUAUAAGAGCAUUUUCAAAAGGAGCAGACUAUGCAGCCUCAUUCUGGAAAGAUGUUAUGGAGUCAAUAAGGCAGAGGGGAUUGAAGGUUCCAAAAAUCAUUUACCGUCACACAAUAGCAACGGGUGGAUAUGCUCGAACUCUUGCCUUUAACCCUAAUAAAAUUGAGGCAUUCAAUGGGGUAUUCUUGGAGAAAAUGAAAAUGGCAGGAUUGGUUUCUGCAGUGAUAGAUAACUUUGAUAUGACAUAUCCUUGGCAUUAUGAUAACCGGUGCAAUGAUGGAGUGCAUUAUGGCAGAGCUCCGGCAAAGAUGAAGUGGAGAGAUGGGGAAAUCGGGCAUUACUACUUUGUGGACUUAAUGUUAGCUCAUAUAUUGCUCAAUGUUCUAUGUGCAAGGUAGCAACAAUUAAUUCAAAGGCAGAUGGAAAUCAUAUGCUGAUUUUUUCGGUGGAUCAACUGGAGAAAUAGAAUCUGUAAUGGUCUAAGAUUUGCUGAUAUGUCUAGUGGGCCUUGCUAGAAAGGGCAUCACAAGAAUGCAUUUUGAGACAUCUUGGCUGGUUCUUGGAGUUCGAAUCUAUGAGGUAUCAAGUUCAAUAUGUUGUGUGAUUCAUUGUUUCAAGAGAAUUAGCAUUCUUUAUUUGUUUGUAAAUUUGUUACCAUAUAUAUAAGAUUGUAGGUAGGUCGAGCUCCAAAGUUUGUAGGUUAUAAAUUUCAGAGGGUAGAAAUCUCAAUGCUGAAUAUCAUUAGACAUUCGUGGCUGCUGCUGCAUAUUUUUUUAUUUCAAAGCUUGCACUGCUUUUGAAUUCGCAUCACGCUGCCUCAGUCUUUCUGGUAUGUACUACUGAUCAAGCGAUUUUAUUUAUAUACUAUUUGAGCUGACAAUUUGCUUGAGUUUGAAAAGAUGCUGUAUAUCUUUUCGCGGAAUAAUGGAAGCUCUGUACUAUUUCAUGUAUAAUAUAAAUGGAAAGCUCAUGGUUUUAUGACCGGCAA